AUUCCUGGCUAUUGAAAUUGAAUUUAAUUAUUUCAAAAAAGUCUUGGAUUUCAGUUUUUUGAAAUCGGUUCAAACACACCUGUCAUUAACCAGUGUGUUUAUUAUUAUUACUAUGCAAUAGAUAAUCACCAGAUUCAUGACCCUGCUGAGGCUGUGGGCGCAAACAAUUUAUGUUUCGUGGCAUCAAAACAACUCUUGGCAAUUCAAUUUUUUUCUCGAAAAUUAAAUUUGAAAUUUCAUGAUAAUUUUCAAAUUAAUCAAAUUCGAAAAAAUGCCCAACCAAUUAAGUCCACUUGAAUAACCUCAUUGUUGUUGAAUGGAAGGAAUUGGGCCAUUUUUACUGGUUUUUAAGUGCGAAUUUUUCGCCCGUUUUUCUCACUUAUCCAAACAUGUGUAUUGAAUUUGAUCACUCCAACAUUAACAACAACAACAACAACAUCGAUGACAACAAUGACAAUGUACUUGAGCAGAAUGAAUGUCGACAACAACCACCACCAUCGAAACCGAGACAGGAAGCCAAACAAAUUGACCAGAAUCCAAUUGCAUUGAAAUCGAAAAAACGAUUGAAAACCACCAUUGAAAUGAAUAAUCAUGAUGAACGACAAGAAUCGAUGAAUGAACAAGAUUCAUUGAUUCAAUCAUAUAAUGAUGAAUUAACCGUGAUCAAUACGAAUCUAAAUAAGAAUAACAAGGAAUCUUUUAAGAAAAUCAUUCAUGUCGACAAUGAUAAUGAUAAUUACAGUGAACAUAAUUCUUGGACAAAUUCCAAUCAAAUGAUGAUGGUUAAUGAAUAUAUUUCCAUGAAUCCAAUCAAUCACCCGAAAAAUAAGGAACAUAAAAGCAAUAAUAAUAUUAUUAUGAAUGAAACGAUAAUUUCAGCGACAAAGGCGGCGGCUUCUACAACGAAUAAAAUGGUGAAAUAUCUGCAUAGAAAACGACUUGAAGAACGAGGAUAUCGUAUGACAAAUAAAAAAUUGGGUGAAGGAGGCUAUGGUGCUGUCUACAAGAUUUAUGGCCGGGUUAACAACACUACGACCAAUGUCAACAAGAACAUCGACACCGACAUCAACGAUAGUUCAACAAUUGAUCACCACCAACAACAACAAAGACCACAACCACUGGCCUGUAAGAUAAUGUUAUUAUCGAACCGGAAAGAUAAAUUAGCAGCACUAGAAAAUUUUGCCUACGAAGUAUUUGCCAUGUAUCGUGGCCGUCAUCAUCGUAAUAUUGUGCAUCUUGAAGAUCAAUUUAUCUAUAGUCAUGUUAUCAAUCAUCGUCAUCAUAGUGGUGGUGGUGGUGGUGGUAGUCGUAGUAAUAGCCGUAUUGAUAAUUCGUUACCAUCAUUAUCAUAUAGUUACAUCAUUAUGGAAUAUGCUCGUUGUGGUACAUUGUGGGCAAAACUUAAAAAAUAUGGUCCAUUUGAUGCAACGAUUACCGUUGGUUAUUUUCGACAAAUAACCGAUGGUAUAAGAUAUCUACAUUCGAUCGGUGUAGCACAUCGUGAUCUUAAAUUGGGUAAUAUUCUGCUCACAACAACACUCAACAGUGGUGAUCAAAAUAAUGGCAAUAAAUGUCAGGAAAUUGUUAAAUUAGCCGAUUUUGGUCUUAGUCGAUUGGUGAACUCGAAACAAUCAGGUUUACUUCGUUUCAAUAAACCGGCCGGUACAUUGGCAUAUAUGUCACCACAGAUAUUGUCAUGCUACAUUCGUGCCAAUACUGUGGCAGCAGCCACUAACAAUCGUUAUGUUGUUGAUCAUCAUCAACACAACGAACCAAAACCAUAUCUACAUCAUUCAUAUGAUCCAUUCAAAGCUGAUAUCUGGGCAUUGGGUGUUUGUUUAUAUUUAUUGCUAAGUAAACAACAUCCAUUCGAUAAUCCACCACCAAAUAAAGAUGAACGGAUUCAAUUUGCUCGCAAAAUGUUGGACAAACAAUUGAAUCGUGAAUGGCGUAUGCCUGGUCUUGCAACAACAACAAUCAUUCAACAAUCAUCAUAUGUACCCGCUCAUCGGCCAUCUUUAUCAUCAUCAUCAUCGUCAUCAACAUCGACAUCAACAACGGCUAAAUCGGGUAAAUCUCGAUCGAUGAUGAACCAACCGCAUCAACAUAAUACAUUAGCAUCAUUAUUGGAUCGAAUGUUUGAACCAAGUAGCCAUAAACGCGUGAAUAUUUAUGAAAUAAGUCAAUUGAUUGAUUUACAGUCGUAUGAUGAUGAAACAAAACCAGCAAUGUGAACAUUUUAGUUUCAAUUUACUCGAUUUACUCGAAAUUACUCGAAAUAAAGAACUGAUGAUGACAUUGAAUUUUAAAUUCAGUUUUCAAUCAUUUAAAAAUGAGUGCUGCCGUCUGUAAACAGAGAAAAGAACUAUGAUUCAGCUAUUUUUCAUCUUUUUUGAAGUCAUUGAACAGUGUAUUGAUUAAUAAUAUAUAUAA